AUUCGCUAUUCGUAAAUGUCGGUAUUUCAGUUUCUACGAUUCAUCCGAGAGUGCUGUUUUACCGACCACGAGCAAAAUCGUUUAAUAUCUACUCUGCGUUACCCGCUAAGCAGCACCGCGACUUUCGAUUUCGUUAGGAAACGAGAUUGCGCUUUCCGUAAUUCACUCGAUUCCGCUCGGAUAUCAUUCUUAUUCUCCGAAAAUAAAUUUGUACGUCGGAAUAAAACAAUAUCAUGUUAAGUUUUAACGAAUCUUGAAGGAAAUGUAGGACAAGUUCGUUGCACGAACGGAUACGAGCCCGACCAGGCGGAUCUAAUAGUCAUCAACUUUCUUAUAAAUUCUUUGUGAUUUUCACGAGCACAUUCUUUUCUCCCGAUCAUUCCGCUAACAUCUCGUAUUUCUACAACAACCGUCAGCCUGUAAAUAUGUUACAGAUCAGCGCGCAUCCAUGCUGCGAUUCGAGGCUCCCGUAUAAUCGAGUUUACAUCGUUCCGAAUAUCCAUUGCAUUCCACUUUGUAUAUAUCACCAUAUCACUGACCAACUUCGUAAAGUAACGACAUCUCGAUCUCGAUAAGUAACUCUACGCCUCGAGCCAUCCUCUAGAACGAUCGAUCAAACGAUCCAGAAAAUUCUAUUCGAUCCAUUUCCACAUUUUCCUAGGCCCUGGUGAAAAAUUCCACACAUUGAGUGUACAUCCAGACGAACAUCGUUACGCGAAACGAACGAUAUCUUUCGGGUUCCGGAACGACCGCGCGGUGAAAACGAGUCCACCGGAAACGAUGACUCAUUGACCAACAGACGGACGAAUCGUGGCCGGGUUUCAAUUACGCAACUCGCGUAUUUCAUCCAUCCUUGGGCAGAAAAUUCUCCUUAUCGAGAAUUUCCAACCGAGAUAAUUGCGGGAGCGUGCGAAGCCCCGCACCUUCGAAUUUCCACACGCAGCGUUCAAGUUGCCUCAGUUUUUCGGCCAGAGUCAUGGUUCGCGUAUCGCGACCGGACGAAAGAUAAUUACGGUAGUGGCGUGCGCAGGUAAAGCGAAACACACUCGUUCGCUUAUCUCGUUUAUUAAGAUUUUUCGCGAGAGCACACUGCGAUCAGUCAGGUAAAUAUCCUACAUUUUUUCACCGGGCAGCGGAUGAAAGAGAGAGGAAAAAGGAAGAAAAAGAAACGAGAAGAAAACAGGAUGUUGUUGCGCAAUACGUACGAAAUACGUGUACAUGCUCCUCGUCCGAUUAGGAGGUCUCAAUUUUGUCGCGAGCGGUUGAAUUACGACACGAUCGAAUCGAAUAGCCAACCGUUUAAUCGAAACCGUCGCGGUUUCUUGGUUCCCGAAGCGAAAAGAUCGAUAUCUCGAGACACGGUGGACGCGCGCCACGGUGCACGAUAUACGGGGGGGAAAAAUGAAGUGGAUUUUGCUUUAAUUUCCAAGAUCGAACACGGGCUCGACCUUCGAUUCGACGAGGCAGUGACUAAGACUCGAUAUCAUUGUUCAAUUUAAUUUUCAACGUGUCACGCCAUUCAAUUACGAUCGGUGUAGAGAGAGGGAGAGAGGGAAUAAGCGUUCUCCCGAUACAUGUGUUACAUCGGUGUUUGCAUACCUCGAGAAUCUAUUAAAAUUGUUCGCAGCGAAAAUAUUAUUACGGGCACGAUACGCGAGCACGCGAUCUCCGCGGAAUAUGAGAUUCCUCGGAUGUAAAUAUGAUUCGAAUUUAAAGUGAAUUUAAAUUUAUAGAAAGCGACAAGGAAAGCAAGAUUACGGCUAAUAAAUCGAAAGUUUAACUUAGAGAGAAAGAUUAUCGAUCACGUUUCUGAAUCGAUGAUAAAUAUUCAUAUUGGUAAUAAAAUAAGUUAUUCGUAAACAGAUAAAGAUGUGGUAGGCAGGAAAUAGAAUGGUCGGGACGCUGUAUUAUAUUGGUCGCUCUCGACUGCAGCGCUAAAUUUUUAAAUAGAAAGAUAGGAAGGUUUUUAAGGUUAUUGGGCAAUUAUAAAGAGAUUGGAAAACAUUGGCUUCUUACUCUCGCGACGUGGAAAACGAAAUAAAAUUGCGUCGGACGUAAUAAGGAAGAGGAACGAAAGGAAAGGAAAGAAGCGAAAUACCGUACGAGUUUUCAUUUUAUUUCGUGACUUUUCGUCGUUUCAACGGUGAAACUUGGAACAAUGGCGUAAUUAUUAACAUUAGAAAGUCAACACAAAUUGUUCAGAGAGACGGUUCAUCGCUUUAUUUUUAGGAAGUAAACCUCAUUAUACUUUACAAUCCAAUUUUAUCUCCAGAAAAUUAGCAAAAUUAUCGAAACAAAAUUUAUAUUCAUGUAUUCGACACAAUACUGUCGUAAUUCAUCAAUUUAUCUCGAGUCUCUGGCCUUUCACGAUAUAUCUACGCUAUAAUUUCAUUGUCCAUAGGAAUUCUCCUGCAUUUCCUUCUAUCGUUCGUGUCUAAAGAAAAAAAAAAAAGAAAAAAAAUCGUAUCCUCCACUUUCUCUGUACGCUGUUUAAAAUCUCUUAAGAAUACCCACGCACAGUUUCAGACACACGAGAGAUAUAUCGAUAAUAAAAGGAAUAAGAAGAAAUGUGGAAUAAAAAAAUUUUGUCGCCGAAUAGACAGACGCGAAGUAAGAUUGAAAUUUCUUUUUCUCAUCCUGUUUCAUCCGAAUCGAUUAAUCGAUCGUGGAAAGAACUCUGAGGCAAGGAAGGGUGGGAGGAAGGAAGAUGUUUAUUACUCGCGCGGCGUCGAAAGUUCAUUCUCGUCGAAACGAAUGGGGCGGGGAACUCAUAGUCGAGCGGAUAACACGAAGAGCGAAAAAACGUUUUUCUCGUUUUGGCACGGUGCCAAUCGGAUAUGAUCGGCGUAAAAGCGGACGGCCGGAUCACGUCAAUUUACUUUUCGUGUCGCGCUUGGGAACUUUCUCUGAAAUCCGCACGAGAUACCCUUACCGAUCUCUGCAUUCAUUCCCUCGUUUUCUCCCGAUUUUGACAUCCAUUUUCGGGGGAAAAAGUUGACAAGUUGAUCGAUAUCGGUGUCGCAUUAAAACGGCGACCGUUUCUCGCGGCCACUUUUACUCGAACGAAUCGAUCGGAUUCCUCCGACUUCGACGAUCGAUCGAUAGAUCGAUUACGCGUCAGAGCGUGUAAAACUAGCAGAGAGACCGUUUAACUCGGGAAAGUGACUCGAUCGGAAUAAUGGAGCCAUCCAACCGAUCGUUGCAACUUGUUCGAUUAUCGCCGAUCAUUGAUCGCAAUAUAUAAAUCGGCGGCUAGUUUUCCGCGCAAUUUCGCUCGAGUCAGAAUUAUCGGCGCGCGGUUUUCUCCGAUCGAAUCGUCCACGAUCGUUGGACGCCCGUGCAAGCUCGAUUUCGAGCGAAAGGAAAUCUUGCGCGGGCCACGACACGCGAUAGUUUCCCGCUAAUAAAAGAAAGAGGAGAGGAUUACCGCGAAUUAUUAACGGAGCGUAUCGGAGAAAGCUGGGAUGGAAAAUUGAUCGUGCGCCUUUUAGGAUUCCCUUUUCUCGGAUGGGGAAAAACUAUUCGUAGAUGAUUCAUUUCAUCGCCCGCGACAAAAAGAGGAUUCGAAGCGAGAUUUGAAGAUCGAUUCGACGCGCGAGCAAGUUUAAUUGCUUAAUAAAUUUCUAAAGAUCGACAAAGAAUUUGAAUAUCGUUUGAGUAUCGAUAAAAGUAGCGAGGAAGCGGUGAAUGUAUGCAGUUUAUUCGCGCGAAGGGGAGGGGAAAAGAGAAGAGAAUGAAAAAUCAUGAUCGAGCUCGGGUGGAAAGUUAUUUCGCAUUAAACUUUUUAACAACGGCUCGUGUUGGCGGUUGAAUCAGUUCUUUACACCCACUUGCUUCUUACUUCCUGCGUGUAAUGGGCGAUGAUUUCCCUGAGUGAAUUAAAACGAGCUUGAAAGGAUGGUCGUAGUGAAAGCGAGGGAGACCGUAGAAAAGGAAUUUGGUUGGAACCUUUUAAUCCUCUUGUUAUCCACGACUCUCUCGCGCGUACCCUCGAGGACGAUUUUCUACCGAUUAUUCUUCAGAUCGUUUCGAAAUUACUCGCCCCGGUGAAAUCCACGAUAACGAGAUUUAAAAGUUUCUCGUAUAAAUUAUUUAUAUAACUUGACACAUUGAUAUCGCGAUCGAUAGUUUUAUCGUGAUCUUGAAAUAGAAAACUAUCAAGUUUAAUAGAGAGGAUAAGAAUUUGAAACAGCUCGAAUCUCGUGUAAAUUGAAAAAACAAAUUUUUACCGUUUACAGAGAGAAUUCUUCAAAAAUAUUUUCGAAGUUACCUCGAUUGAAAUAAUUGCACAGAAAAUUCGCUGGAAAAUUAUCCAUUAUUAAUAGUUUCUACGUUUUAUUCUGAUUUCUGAAGUGAGAAUUUGAAGAUUACAUUAGAGAAUUAUCAAGUUCAAUGGAGAGAACAGGAAUUUGAAACAGUUCGAGUCUCGUGUAAAUUGAAAAAACAAAUUUACCGAUUACAGAGAGAAUUCUUCAAAAAUAUUUUCGAAGUUACCUCGAUUGAAAUAAUUGCACAGAAAAUUCGCUGGAAAAUUAUCCAUUAUUAAUAGUUUCUACGUUUUAUUCUGAUUUCUGAAGUGAGAAUUUGAAGAUUACAUUAGAGAAUUAUCAAGUUCAAUGGAGAGAACAGGAAUUUGAAACAGUUCGAGUCUCGUGUAAAUUGAAAAAACAAAUUUACCGAUUACAGAGAGAAUUCUUCAAGAAAUUAUUCGAAAUUACCUCGAUUGAAAUAAUUGCACAGAAAAUUGUUGGUAAAUUAUCGAUUAUUGCGUGAAUACGAUCUGAAUAAUUAAUUAUGGCCACCCACGUCGCGAUAUCGUCCACGAGCGAAGUCGGCGCCUGUUCUCGCUUCGCGCCGCGGACGCCGAGACGUAUAUACGUCGGGGAUGAGUCGUAGAGGAGGCGAGUGGUAGGGAGAUGAAGUUUCAAUCCCGCGAGUAGAAGUGGGUCGUUUCUCAACGAGAGGCGAAGUCGCUCGACGAGAACGCGUCGAGUACGCACUCGUUCGCUGUACUCAGUUGAGCACAGUCGUCUCCGAUCCGCGAUCCACGAUCCACCGAUCUCUCUCCCCCCUCCGUUUCGUAAAAACAAAAAAGGAAAAAGCAUCCACGUUCGUUUCGAGCAGCGCGAAUUUCAACGAAAAAAAAAAAAAUAAGAAACGAGUCGUCGCGUCGUCGUUUCGAGGAACUCUCUUCCCAAGAAGAGAACGAAGAAGAAGAAGAAGAAGAAGAAGACGAAGUGACAAGUGCCGAGCGGAAGGGAAGAGAGCGAGAGGAAAUCCGUGCGCUCCCGAUAAACGUGUGCCGCGUGGAAAGUGGUGAAAAUCUCGAUCCUUUGUUCUCCUCCUUUCCAUUUUUAAACGAUACGACGCAUUGAAACCGAGAAACGCGGGAUGAAGGAUCAUCGAGGGCAAAAGUAGGUAGUAACGCAGGACAGGAUCGUAAGAUGAAGAAGAUCCGCGCGGUUCAUUGACUUGCAAGCACUUUCAACCUCGACGCGCAGAGGAUUGGAAAGGCUGGUGGAACUCGACAUGGGCGACAUCCGAGUACUGGAUCCAAGGAUGGAUCCCCGUUUCGAGCUUUCGAAGCAAUCCCGGCCCUGGCCCCCGAUGUACCGCAGCCACCCGGCAGCGGGAACCGGCAGGGGGCCGUCGUUCUGCUACCGACCCGUGCCCCUCGACGCGAUGGCCCCCCAGUGGAUCCCGCCCCACGUGGCCGACUACAAUUACGUCCCUGCGAGGAUAAGCGCGGCCAACUCGAACAAGGGCCGCGACUACUACUACUUGGCGCCGUUGUACAGGAACGCGAUGCCACCCCCCCAGCCUAUGUCUCCGCUCCAGCUAUCCUCGGUCGCCGUCUCGCCGAGGAUGAUGAUGAUGGACGCGAGGGGCAGAACGAGGAGCUCGGCCGCGUUGUGCAGGGGCAACGGCCAAGCGCCUGCCUGCACCUGCUCGGUGGGCAGGACGAGGUCGUUGGAGGACGUGAGGAGCGAGGCGAGCGAGUGGGAGGAUUAUCAGGACGAGAACGGGAAUCAUUUGCAGAGGAAGAGCUCGAAGAACGGCGGUAUGUGCAGGCAGGGGAGGCGGUCGAUGGAGAAUCUUCUGGACGUGGAAACGGCGGCGGAGCGCGUGCACGAGCCGAGCACGUUCGACAGGGUUGGGGGACGCGGGUGCAGGAAAGCGGAGGAUGAGAGGAGGAACGAGAGGCCGGGAAGAAGACGCGGCAGUUACAUGCAAGAACCGAGGCCGGAACUCGAUGCAAGUAACGGAAGCAGCAACGGCGGAAGGCCAAGAUUCGUCCCUGUGACGGCGCUCGAGGACGUCCAAGCUGUACGAUGCGCGGAAUUCCACCCCCAUGGAAAAUUGUACGCUGUGGGAUCUAACUCGAAGACGCUGAGAAUAUGCUCCUAUCCAAAGCUUCACGAUGUCAGGGAGGAUCACCAGACGUAUCAGCCCACAGUUCUCUUCAAGAGAACGAAGCACCACAAGGGCUCGAUAUAUUGCCUCGCGUGGACCCCGGAUGGCCAGUUGAUGGCGACUGGAAGCAACGACAAAACUGUCAAAUUGAUGCGCUUCAACGCCGAUACAUCAAAUCUCGAAGGUCAAGAAGUGGAGCUUACGAUGCACGAUGGCACGGUUCGCGAUCUGUGCUUCCUGGAGGAUACCUCGAACAAGUCGAGUUUGCUGAUCAGCGGCGGUGCCGGCGAUUGCAAGAUCUACGUCACCGAUUGCGCCACCGGCACCCCCUUCCAGGCGCUGAGCGGUCACAGCGGACACGUGCUCACCCUGUACAACUGGGGAGGCGCGAUGUUCGUGAGCGGGUCGCAGGAUAAAACGGUCAGAUUUUGGGAUCUUAGAACGAGGGGGUGCGUGAACAUGGUGACGCCGGCCACGGUACCUGGCAGCAGGGUCGGAAGUCCGGUAGCGGCGCUCUGCGUCGAUCCGUCGGGACGUCUUCUGGUAUCCGGCCACGAGGACAGCAGCUGCGUCCUCUUCGACAUUCGGGGUGGCAGAACCGUGCAAUGCUUCAAGCCUCACGCCGCUGAUAUCCGAAGCAUACGUUUCUCCCCUUCGGCUUACUACUUGCUCACCGGCGGUUACGAUAACAAGCUCGUUCUAACCGAUCUGCAAGGUGAUUUAACGAUGCCGUUACCCAGCGUGGUCGUCGCCCAACAUCAGGACAAAGUAAUAUCGGGACGAUGGCACCCAACGGAAUUCUCGUUCCUCAGUACUUCCGCUGACAAGACAGCAACACUGUGGGCUCUGCCACCUGUUUAGACGGACAAACGUCGAUGGCACGCGUUUGUUUCUUACUCGUAAACACUUUUUUCAGGAACAAUCGCACUUGUUACACCGUAUCGAUCGCGAUCGUUCGUCCCUUUUUCUCCCUCGUCAACGAUCGAUCGUAGCAUAUCGUAAUAUAAUUUUGACUCGAUGGAACGAAGCGAAUUUGUGAAUCUUUCUUUCUUUCUUUCUUUUUCUUUCUGUUUCGAUCUUUUUAAUUCGAGAGAGAAAUCCGGAAAAUAUGGAAAAUCGGGUACCGGGGGAACGAACGAUCGUGAAUCGUAUCGAGCGAAGCGUUAUUAAAUCAGGAAGAAAAGUUCUUUUUUUUUUCACGUGUUCACGCAUAAUUCAACCAUGACCAAUUAAAGUUUCCUGAAACACGUUGAACGCGAAUCAAAAUGCCGCGCGUGUGAGAAACAAUUAAAACCGCGCAAAGGAACAUUGUUAACGGUGUUAUUAAGUAAACGUUACACGCUUCGAGAGCCUCGGAUGAGAAGGAGUGAAAGUGCAUUUUCGCGUAGAGACGAUGCAGUGUCGAGCGUUCUAGGCGUUAACCAUUUAUUGACGACGAGUCAUCGUCUAAGUAGGAAUCAUAAGACUGCGGAAGAACCGGCAAGGAAACUUCGUCAUCGCAAGUAUUUACGAGUCACGAUGGUGAGACGUAUGUGUAUUACUUACAUCGUAUACGAGAACGAGGGACAUCCCAGUUUUUAUUUCGAAAACUAUUCUCGAGAGCGCAGAAACUAUCGUGAGCGUAUUUCUUUAUCGAUGAUUACCGCGUACCAUUUGUCUUCUCCGUUUUUUUCUCUUUUUUUUUCUUUUUUGUAUAGAAUUUCUUUUCGCGAUCACGUGUUUUGUCCCGGUGUACCUUCAGUAAGUAUGAAAAGUAUUCACACACGUUGACUAAUUACAAUUAAAACGAUUUAUAUCAUAGUUAUCAUAUCCCUUUUAAAGUAUUUAAACGAAAUAUGUAAAAAUAUUUCUUCCAAAUCGAUAUUUGUUUUUUUUUCUUUCGUUACAUUUUACAAAAAUUAUCGAUAAAUUGAACGUAAUACACGGAUACUUAUUCGAUUUCUUUUGCAACAUUAAAAUAUGUGUAAGAAGCAUUUUUUUUUUUACAAAUAUCGAUAUCGAUAAAUAUGAUUGUAUAAUGUUUUAAUUGUAGUCGUUGUGAACAACUUUUUCUUACUCGCUGUACAUUUAGCAUAGAGUUAAAACACGAUAAUCACGGGAAACAAAAACAAAAAAAAAAAAAUAUUCCCGAUAAUAACGUAAUCACCCUUUGUAAUUUUUAGAUUCUGAAUGCUCUCUUCCUUUUACUCGAUACUUUAUUACUUUACGUUGCAAAUAUUUCUUUUAGAAUUAUUCGUGAAAAAAAUACUUGUAAAUUUUACUUACCCAUUUUGAUUGGCGAUUCCAUCCGCUUGUGUGUGUCUGUGUGCGUAUGUUUUUUUCUUUUCUUUUUUUUUCUAUUUCAUCUUCUCUCAUUUGCGUAUUAGCCGUAUAACAAUUAUCGUUUUUCUUUUUUUUCUUAUUUAAGGAUUUUUCCUCUUUUUUUCUUUUUUUUUUCUUCUAAUUUAAAUCGUUUGAAGCGUUUCUUCCCACCAAAUCGUCGUCCCUGUCUUAUCGAUCCCCCGAAGUUACGCCAAAUAUUCGCAUAUUACGCAUAUUAUAAUAAUAUAAAUACCUAUCUCAUAUUAAGAGGAACAAGAUAUACGUACGCUCAUUAUUAAUCGCUAUUUUUUACCAAGAGGAUAGGACGAGAUUCUCUCUGCGAGCGUCGAAGAAAUAUAAGGGAAGGAAGGCUCCUCGACGUUCCGAGAACGUCGCGAGAACAAAGCUAACACGUGACAAGCCACGUUCACACCACGAGGGAAGGGUGUUAAUAUAGGUUUACGUUGUCGCUUGUCGCAAUCGCCAAAGCUGUGUGAAAAAUCCCUGGAAAAUAAAGGGGAAAGGGGGAGAAAGUGUCGCGCUGCUCGAUAGAUACGCGAGCGAACGAAUCGCAUUUUUUCCUUGUACAUACGUAAACGCACGAUUUCUUCGAGCUAUUCGCACGAUCGGAGCAAGCGUUAGUCGUCUCUCUCCUUUUGUUCUCCAUCCUCGAAACGGUGUCGACGACGACGAGUAUCGUUCGUGUUUCUAUAUCGGUCGUCAUCCGUUCAUUCGCAUCCAGCAAUCGAAUCUAAGCACGUUAAAAGCCUCUUUCCAUGCACACACAUAUACGCCCCGAUAUACACGAAGAGAGUUGCGGAAGAGAAACAGGAACCGAAUUGUGAGAAGCAGCGAUAACGAGGAAAACGAUAAUAAAACACGGAGACGCCGAGACGUUUGAUCGAUCUGAUUGCGCGAACGGUCGAAGGGAAGAAAGCGUGGUCGAAUGAUUUGAGCGAUGGCAGAAGUGGUUUCGUUCCCGCAUGCAUGAUGCCGCCUUAAGAUCGAAUGGAGAAUCGUUUCGUUUCGUCCGAAAUGAGUAAGAACGUGUUAUUCUUCGCGAUCGAUCGUGAUCGAGAUGAUCGUCGGGAUAAAGAAAACGAAAACGAAAAUGUCCGCGAGCAUCUGCUUUCGUGUAGCAAUUUGUCGUGCCUUCUGUCGUGACUGCUUUCGGCGAUUCACACACUUAUUUUUAUAUUUUUCGCAUCCUCCUCCUCCUCCUCCUCCUCCUCCUCUUCCUCAUCCGUUUCUAUCUCAAUCCUCUCUCUCUCUCUCUCUCUCUCUCUCUGCCCUUACCGGUUUCAGAUAUUAAGAAUCAAGACAAUUCGACGAUUCUAAAUAUAAUCCUUCACCCCGUCGAAUUCUCGUAAAAAACGCUAAAGUAAAGGAAAAAAUCUCUUCGCUAUCUCGUACGAUAAUUACCGUAUUAUAAUAUAAAUAUAUAUACAUAUGAUAUACAUAUAGCAUAACUUAUAACUUUGUACUUUUCCUGUAGAUACGACAUAAUACUGUCACGUCUAAUUUAAACAAUAAAAUUUACGUUAUUAAA